GUGAUCUGGAAUCCAACAUGGCGGAUGAAAUGAGGGACAAAGUGGCUCAACUUUUAAAGGGAAUUGACAGGUAUGAAAGCUGACGGCUGCUGUUUAACUUAUAAAACAACAUAAAACUAGUUACUGCAGAGAUGAAUGUAGGUAGAAUGUAGUAAGAAACCUGUUGUGAAGAAAACGUGGUGGUCUUUUGAUCACGUGUCGGAAAUAAGACAGCUGAUAUAUAGAGAUUACGGCAAAAUUAUUUUGUGAGGUUUUUCUGGUUGUUUCUAUCCAUGAAAUUAUAAAUUUGCUUACUUGAUUUACGACCAAAUUGUUUCUUUUGUUUUAGGUACAAUCCUGAAAAUCUGACGACACUUGAAAGCUAUGUUCAUCUUCAGGUAGGAACUAGAAAUUUUAGCUUAUGCACUUCAAUAAGGGCAUCUUCCAUAAAUUAUUAUUGUCUUUAUGAACCCUCGUUCUGAGGUGAAGUUAUCUUGUUAUGGUUGCUCUCAAGCCAUUUUGACCCAUGAGACAAAUACCAUAUUGAAACCAAAACCAUCGUAAGAUAAACAUGAGGAAUGAAUAUGUGACAUACCUCGUUCUUUAAAGCGAUGAUGAGAUGAAACAAGUGGUAUUAAUGUGUAAUAAUUAUAUUUCGCUCUUAAUCCUUGAUGAACAAUGAAACAAGCACGAUAAAUGAGUACCAUAUCUCGUUCUCUAAUCUCCAUUGAGACGAAACAAGCGCGAUAAAUGUGUAAUAAGAAUGCUUGAGGAUGUUGUUGAGCAGGAUAAAAUUUUAAGCAACAUAUAAGUUUAUAACUCUGCAUUUCUGGUGACUUGACUGUAAAUUUUGGCUGGCAUGACUCGGGUUUCAGGCCACUUGACCGUAAACUGAAUUCUUCAACUGAGUUGCUCCUCCUCUUUUGUUCUAGGUCUAUAAUAACGUCUAUGACCUGGAUGCAAAUCUUGCUGUUUUAAAAUUGUGAGUACAAGUCUAUGUACAAUGUACAUGUAUUUCAUUGCAAGUGCCAUAUAACAUGAUUUUGGCUAGAUUGCAGAAUACCUGGCCCACUAAAUAUCUAACUUAAAAAACUGCUCCUGCAGUCCCAAAACCUGUAACCUUAACUCUCUGACAUUUACAUAGAAAUUGGAACAUCUCCGCUGAUGCCCAUUUGUCCUUAGAGAUUGCUUGUAGCUUGCAAGUGGAGGUGAAUGCUGUUAGUGAAUUUUUUCCUUCUCCAAGAUAGCUAAUCCAAAUGUGUUGUAAGUCCCAUGUUCACUCUAAAUGCAUUCCACGCCCUCGAACAGUUUUGAUGUAUGAACACCCUACAAUUUUAGAGAACCAGUUAAUUAGAUUACAGUGUUAUACAAUAAAAAGUCUUUUACAUAUAGUACAAAAACAAGCAGUCAAAAAACCUCAUCUUGCGUUGUAUUGACCUGGGGCCAAACCAGUCCCAAACAGGCUAUAGGUACCAAUUAAAAACUAAACUCCUUCAUUAUUAGCAUCAAAACUUACUAAUUACAUUUUCAUAUUAGGUACCAGUUCAAUCCUGCAUAUCACCAAACUACAGUCACCAUGCAGAUCCUACUGAAAGCUCUUAUGACUCUACCAAAUGCUGACUUCAUUAUGUGCAGAUGCCUAAUUGAUGAUGCUAAUGUAUCCUUCCUGGUUGUACCUUUUUAAAAUUAUUGUUGUAAGAACAGUAGCAGAAGUAGUAGCAACAGCAGGAGCAACAGUGAUAGUAGUAGUAGUGGUAUCAUUUUUAUCAUUAUUAUUUAUUGUCAAUUCAAAACAUUAAGAAAAGAAAGAAACUAUGUAAAUAAGGCAACUUCUUUUUGGGGGAUACCCUUGUACCUGAGAGUUGGUAUCCUUAUAAUGUUUGUUGGGGAAAAUCCAACAGAGGGGUCUAGAAUUAUACCCACCAUUGAAUCUUUUUUACCCAGCACAUAUUAUUUUUUGUAGUACAUUUCAAUUACAAUGAAAUAAUAGACUUUUUUCACGAUACCCGCCAUCUUUGCAUGCACUUAAGGACUGAUGGGAUAAAAGCAAUGUCACGUGGUUUCUCAUGGGGCAAACAAGGGAUAAAAAUUGCCAAUGUGUGGUUCCAGAAAAUAUCCAGACCUCCACCACGGAGGGAAUUGGAAAUAGGGGAGGGGGGUUGGACAAUAAAAUCACUUUCCGGGGGUAAAUACAUUUCAUUUUCGACCUGUGUUUGAACAUUACUUCUUACCGAACUGUUAGAUCAUUUUUAGAACAUAAAUAACUUGAAAUUUAUCGUUUAAGAUUGUUGCUUUUGAUCUUAACCAGGUUUCCUUUCUUCCAAAAGCGUUUUGAAUGUAAUUUCAAAGAAAGUUGACCAACUUCAACGUGGUCGCAUGCUCGUAUAUUCGGCCGCCAUUACUCGUUACCAGUCUCUCUUAAGACAUUAACGCGUGCAACACAUCAAGUUGCGUCAGUCGAUCGAUGGAGGAACUGUAGAGUGGCAAUUUUACUUCACGAAGUACAAACUAUACAUUGUAACCACUUUAGAAUGUAAAGUUCUUAUUCUCCUUUUCAUUUUCCUGUAAUAUUGUGGUUGAAGAUGUGGCAUGUUCAUGAUUGAAUUCUCGCUAGCUGAAAUGGUGUUGAUUUCAGCAAACAUUACGGCCAUCGCGCAUAACGCACGUCGCAUCACUCGAUCGGAAAACAGUAAAUUGAACUUGGUUUCCCUUCAAGAUGCAGGGGGUUUUCAUUGUUAUGAUUUCAGAAGUCAGAGUUUUUAUUCUUCUCUUUGUUUUGCCUUCAUUUUGGGGUUGAAAGUUUGACUUGUUCACCAUGUAGCAUUCCCGCACGACUCGUUAAUACUACCAACAUUACGCCUACCUUUACGCCCAUGAAGACAAAUAACAAAUCGUAACCUUGCCCUGAUUAAGGUAAAUUCAUAAAUACAACUGACUUGUAACUUUAUCUAUUUCAUUUAAAGUUAGGGAUGAGCAAAAACUGCAGAUUAGGUUACUUUGUGGUUUAGUGAGUUUCAAUGUUGCGAGAUCACUCAAAUAAAUGGAAACAGAAGCAUACAAGCUUCUGAUGGAAACCGUUACGUACUAACCAUAAAACGCCUCAUUCUUUUACUUUCAUAGUCUUUCUUCAUGAAAAUGAACUUUUCCAGAGGGGUUGGGGGGUCUUUGUCACACUUGUGGAAAUUCCGGAGGGGUGGGGGGGCCAUCAGUUCCCUGUAAAAAUGGAAAAUCCAGGGGGGUUGGGGGGUCCAAAGUAAGAUUCCCUCCGUGGUGGGGGUCUGGAUAUUUUCUGGAACUACACAAUGGAAGAAAUCGCAGUUGAGUUUGUUUAUCCUAGACAACAGGAAAUGAUAACCUUUUCAUCUUAAAGACGAUAAUGACAAAAAUUAUAUGGGUGGAAGUGAUCAUUGUUAUAAUAAUAAUAAUAACCUUUAUUUAUUACCUUUGGCGAUAAGAAUUACGGUAAUAUUACAAUAAAAAUUCAAAACACUACAUAUUAUGUAUACAUAUCAAAUUAAGUUAAGUUUAGCACCUCUAGGAAUAAAUGAUUGUUUGUGCCUAACAGUGCGUGAUACAGGUAUUCUGAGGUGCGCUGGGUUAGUCUUACAAGAUCUUAGAUUAUGGCCAUGAUCCACUGGCUUUUCUAAAAAACGUUUACAAGGAUGUGCUUCAGAUUCUAGGAUACGUUUAAAUUCUUUCCUCGUCAAAUUCUGACGCCUAGUUACAAGUGACUCAACAGUAUCCCUAGGGAGACCAAUGACAUUUAGACAUCUAUUCUGCACUCUCUGUAGAUCUUCUUCGAGGUAAAUGGGCAGCCCUCCCCAGACAGGCGAGGCAUAUUCUAAAAGAGGUCUAAUCUUAGUAAUGCAAGUUGUAAGACCAUUGUCCCUGGGGAGAUGGGCUGUUCUACAGACCCUAAGCCCUUAGACCCUUUUUUGUAUGGUAAACAGUAAUGAUGUAAAUCUUGCCAAAACUCGAUAAGUACAUUUUGCAUGACUAUGAAAUCGUCGUCUCGUUUAGAUAGAGUAAACAAACAUGAUCGCAAUUGCUCGUCUUGGCAAAUUUAUCACUUAUUUGCCUCCUCUUCCCAUUCUAUCCCAGAGCGCUUGCAAAGAUGGCGAGUAUCAUUGAUAAGGUCUGUUGCACUUCACUGUAAAGGAUGGAGCUUCAAAUGACUUCUUUUUCUUCUUUGAUGAAUUCAGCUAUUCAGGAAAUGGUGUUAAAAACACACAUUUUAUAACUGUCUGGGAAUGUCGGGCAAAGGUGAAGACCCCUAGACUCAGACCCUCAUGAAUCCACCACUACCACAUCAAUUUAAAAGCGUGUUACAUGCACCUCAGCUGCUAUUAACUAAACGAAAAAUUGACUCGCUAUCCUUGACAUUCAUCAGCAACAAGAUCCAGCUAUAGCUAGUGUUAUCAAACUCGCAGAACUGUUGGAAACCUGUAACUUUUUGGAGGCUUGGGUAGGCUCUUGUUUGCUGUUUUGCUAAAAUAAAUGUAGAAAACCUUUCAAAUCAAAAAUUAAAAUUAUUUUAUGUCUAUAUUGUUCUUUACAUGUAUUUUUUGUUCGCUUACUUUUUAUUAUGAUAGUGUAAUUUUCUGGCCCCGGUUGGCUUAAAGAUGGUUAAUGCUAUCCAGUGGAUAGUGCAAUUGGUUUUCCUGAUACCUAUAUGUUUGAUGCUGAUUUAUCUGGUGAAUAGCUUGCUAUCCAAUGGAGCCUGCCUUAUUUAAUGUGUAGUUUUCCAGCACCUUUCCUACAACAUUUUCAUUUCAAUUAUUUUUAUUUCAGAAAUACCUAGAGGAAGAAAGUUCUCUUGUUGAAGGUGUUGUAGGAUUUCAUGAUGCAAUAAGAAAAUGUAAGUUUAGCUGACCCUUGACUAACAUUCACCCCUACAGUAUAAUGGCAAUGGAACCUUGCUCUUUAUCUAGUACCAAAUUGUCCUCCUUUCGUCAGAGCCACACGCAACGAGUGAUAUAAGGAAAUUAUGCAAAUAAAUUGUGAAAAGGAGGAGAGAUUGGCUUCCACCCUCAUUCCUCGCAGCUUUGCCACUCGCCCCUAACAUGUGCUCUCGAUCUCUGUGACUUGAAAAGAAAAAAAAAGAGACUUCUCAAGUCUUUUACCAAAUACUUAAAUUUUUUCUCCUUCUUCUUUCAAUUUUCUGGACAACGCUUUAUUUGUACGCAUAGUUUGAUUGAGAGUCUUUCAUUGCAUGUUUACAGCCAUGUUUCCUGUAUGUGUUUUAUUUUGUACAGAUGUUAGCUAUGUCAUAGGAAUAACAUAUCAAACAAUAGACAAAAGUCUUAUCUCUGAACUUCUUGGAGGGCUCCAAGGUAUGUGAUUUAUAGAGUGAUGUUGCUUGACAAGUGGAUGGUAUUGGAACAGUACAAAUAGUUACAGUUUACUCUGUCAAAGACCAGCUCCUAUAAGCCCACGUAUACAAAACACCCAACUUUUCCCAGUCAAAUCACUAUAAACCUCCCGUGAAUGAUCACCUCUCGUAAGUGACCACAACCUCUUUUUGCUCUGACAGUUUUAUAAUUUUCCAUUAUUUUUAAUCUUUUGUAAACGAACACGUGACACACGGUCUCUUUGUUUCUUUUUGUUUGUUCUUGUGUCUCUUUGGAUCUCUUUGUUUUCUUAUACGCAUAUUACAGCAAUCAGAGUAUACAAAGAACAUACAGUGAUAUGGAACUACACAUGUCGCUACUUAGAAAUUCCAUGCAAUAAAUUCUGUUCCAAAAUGUAGAUGUGUCAGGGCCUCUUCUUGGAUGAAACCCCUUAUGAUUUGAUUCUUGUAAGCAACCACCUCCUGAAAGCGACCAUUAAUAAUUAUUCUUUAGCAUUUUGGUACUGAAAGUUUGACUCUAAGAUUUUUAUUAUACAGUUUUUCUUUUCAUUGACCAUCUGGCCCAGGUUGUUCAAAUGUUGGAUAGCAAUAUCCACCGGACAAGUCACUAUCCAGCGGAUAAGCAUUAGGGAAACCAAUUGCGCUAUACAGUGGAUAGAGAUUUAUCCAGUGGAUAGCCUUAUCCACCUUUUGAACAACUGGGGCCAGGACAAUAGCACAACAUACCAGCUUGGACAAUGUUCCUUGAUUGUCACAUAAUUAUUCUAAUGAACAGUAGAUGUUGAAGGUUCCUCAACAUCCAGGUAGUAAAUAAUCUUAGUGGUAAUAAUUUUGGAUUAUUAAACGUUUCUGGGAAACUACCCACCUACCCCUCCCCACUAACCCUUACUUCUCACUUUGGGCAAAAUGUUGUCGUAGGGGAGGGGUAGGUGGACAGUUUCCCAAAAACGUUUAAUUAUCCAUAAUUUUUUUGAAGGGGAUGAACUCGAUAACUGGAUCAAAACACAGAACUGGACACUCAAAGAGGAUGGAAAAGUAUUUAUUUGUAAUCAAGAUGCACACAUCAAAUCCAAAAAUAUUGCAGAGAAAAUCGAUUUUGACAGUAAGUGA